AUGCGUCGCGAUCUUGAUCUGCAUAUUGCCGAAUUGGCACGACGAACUGACGACUUAAAUGCGGAACUGCAACGUAACAUGUCACAAGAGCAGCGUCAACAUGAGCUAGAAGUUGAACAACAACGCUAUGAAAAGCAAAUGGCAAUCGAACAUGAACGCUAUGAACAAGAAAGAAUUAAGUACCUAGCACAGCUGUCAUUAUCUUAUAUGAAUGAAAUCAGUAAUCUUCUAGAAAAAACUGAUGGAUAUCUCAACUCAAAUCCAUUAACGGCGGCACUUGCUCGAGCAAAAACGUUGAAUGUGAUAGGACAACUUGGCUCGAAUCGAUCAAGACAACUCAUUGAAUUUCUACAUGAUGCUAAACAGAUGACUACUGAUGAUAAACCACUCGAUUUAUCUGGUGCACAACUCAAUAAACUCGACUUCCGUGGUUCAUCAGCUCUACAUACACGAAAAAAACUUUCACUAGUCGGGAUUAGUUUGAAUGAAGCUACGUUCGAAGGCCUACAAAUCGAUGGUUGGGAUUUUACUGCUGCUUCAUUAAAUGGUGCUAAUUUUCGAUAUUGUAAUAUUAGCAACACCAUAUUUCAUACACGAUCUGAUCGUUUAAUAUUAGCAAAUUUUGAUGAACGUUUACGUGAAUUAGAAGAUAUUCGUUGUGAAUAUGAACAAUCUCGAACAUUAUCACGCGAUAUAUAUGCAACUGAAACUUAUAAAAUAGCUAGUGAAGAAUAUUCAAUUACAAUUAAACUUUUUUAUCAAUAUUUAUAUGAAGAAAAUCAAUUUUAUAAUAACAUAUCUCGAUAUUUAUCAUGA